AUGCACACAAUAACCAUAAUUCUAUCAUCCUCACUAAUUCUAGUUGUUACAACUCUCAUCUGUCCCCUAUUAAUUACACUCAAUAAUCCAUCUAAAAAUCAAAAUUGGGCCACCACAUAUGUUAAAACUGCUGUAAGCACUGCAUUCUUUAUCAGUCUUAUACCACUUAUAUUAUUUCUAGACCAAGGAACUGAAACUAUCAUUACUAAUUGACACUGAAUAAAUACAACCCUUUUUGACGUUAAUAUUAGCUUUAAAUUUGAUCACUACUCCAUUAUUUUUACACCUAUUGCCCUCUACGUAACCUGAUCCAUUCUAGAAUUCGCAUCCUGAUACAUACACUCAGACCCAAAUAUAAACCGAUUCUUCAAAUAUUUACUACUCUUUCUGGUAGCUAUAAUUAUUCUUGUAACCGCCAACAACCUAUUUCAACUCUUUAUCGGAUGAGAAGGAGUAGGCAUUAUAUCAUUUCUCCUAAUUGGCUGGUGAUAUGGACGAGCUGAUGCCAACACAGCAGCCCUACAAGCCGUCCUAUAUAAUCGAGUUGGAGAUAUCGGACUAAUUAUAAGUAUAGCCUGAAUUGCAGUUAACCUAAACUCAUGGGAAAUACAACAGAUCUUUGUAUUAUCAAAAACCUCAGAUAUAACACUUCCACUUAUUGGAUUAAUCCUAGCAGCAACUGGCAAAUCAGCCCAGUUCGGCUUACACCCAUGGCUACCAUCAGCCAUGGAGGGUCCCACGCCAGUCUCUGCCCUACUUCAUUCCAGCACUAUAGUUGUUGCUGGUAUUUUCUUGCUUAUUCGACUACACCCUAUUAUAGAAAAUAAUAACCUGGCAUUAACAACCUGCCUAUGUUUAGGAGCAUUAACCACAGUAUUCACAGCCACCUGCGCUUUAACACAAAAUGACAUUAAAAAAAUCGUAGCAUUUUCUACAUCCAGUCAACUAGGACUUAUAAUAGUUACAAUUGGCCUUAACCAACCUCAACUGGCGUUCCUGCACAUCUGUACCCACGCCUUUUUUAAAGCAAUAUUAUUUUUAUGCUCAGGUUCCAUUAUUCACAGCCUCAAUGAUGAACAAGAUAUCCGAAAAAUAGGAGGAUUACAAAACCUGCUACCCUUCACCUCAACUUGCCUCACCAUCGGCAGCCUAGCCCUAACAGGAACACCCUUUCUAGCAGGAUUCUUCUCAAAAGAUGCUAUUAUCGAAGCAAUAAAUACCUCCUACCUAAACGCCUGAGCCCUUACAUUAACACUUAUUGCCACAUCUUUCACUGCCGUUUACAGUUUCCGAAUAGUAUUCUUCGUAACUAUAGGCACCCCUCGAUUUACCGCCAUAUCCCCAAUUAACGAAAAUAAUUUAUUAGUAAUUAAUCCAAUUAAACGACUUGCCUGAGGAAGUAUUACUGCAGGACUUAUCAUCACAUCAAAUUUCCUAACCUACAAAACUCCAAUCAUAACUAUACCACUAACCCUAAAAAUAGCCGCUCUAAUAGUAACAAUUAUCGGCCUACUUACAGCCAUAGAACUAGCAGGACUAACCAGCAAACAAUUUAAAACUAAUCCAGCACCACCACUACAUCACUUUUCCAACAUACUAGGUUAUUUUCCAAUAACUGUUCAUCGACUAACCCCAAAACUAAACUUGGUGCUAGGACAAUCAAUUGCUACACAACUAGUAGAUCAAACCUGAUUUGAAGCUAUAGGACCAAAAGGAAUAUCCUACACCCAGAUUAAAAUAGCCAAAACUAUUAGUGACUCUCAACAAGGAAUAAUCAAGACUUACCUAACAAUCUUUUUAUUAUCAACAACCCUUGCCAUCUUAUUAUCAAUAAUUUAA